UAGCAGAAGUUUGCCCGGCGCUCUCUUGCCGGCUGGUCCCGGACUCGCGCCGCCCCGGGAGCCGCCUCCUUCUGCCGCCGCCGCCGCCGCCGCCGCCGCCCUGUUCUCUCCGGAUUCCUUGUCUGCGGAGGACAGACGCUCUGCUUGCGGGAAGUUGAGGUGGUCAAGAGGGAGUGCUGAGGAGCAGGGGCUGGGGGCCAUUCCAGUGACAGGUUUGCUCACAGACGCGCGGCCGCCACUAAUCUCCCACCUUCCCGCGGCGGCCGGUCAGGCGGGCAAUGCGGCUGCCGAGUCCCGCAGCAUCGAAAGGAAGGAAGGCGCCCCAGAGAGCCUAGAGCUUGUUUCUGUGCACUUGGGGAAGGGAGCAUGGAGUUGUGAGCGCCCCUCACUCGGCGAGGCCGCCCCCGGCAGGCUCCCCAUGGCCGGGACGUACAGCUCCACUUUGAAGACUCUGGAGGACUUGACCUUGGACUCCGGGUAUGGGGCCGGGGACUCGUGCCGCUCGCUCAGCCUCUCUUCCUCCAAGUCCAACUCGCAGGCGCUCAACUCUUCGGCGCAGCAGCACCGCGGGGCGGCCUGGUGGUGCUACUCCGGCUCCAUGAACAGCCGCCACAACAGCUGGGACACGGUGAAUACGGUGCUACCCGAGGACCCCGAAGUGGCCGACCUCUUCUCGCGCUGCCCGCGCCUCCCCGAGCUGGAGGAGUUUCCCUGGACCGAGGGAGACGUGGCCCGGGUGCUUCGCAAAGGCUCCGGCGGCCGGCGAUUGCCCGUCUUCUCCGCGGAGGCGGUGAGGCGCCUGGCGGGGCUCCUCCGAAGGGCGCUCAUCCGCGUGGCCCGCGAGGCGCAGCGUCUAAGCGUGUUACACGCUAAGUGUACCCGCUUCGAGGUGCAGAGCGCCGUGCGCCUGGUGCACAGUUGGGCGCUGGCCGAGAGCUGCACGUUGGCCGCGGUCAAGGCGCUGUCCCUGUAUAGCAUGAGCGCCGGCGACGGGCUGCGCCGAGGCAAGUCGGCGCGCUGCGGCCUCACCUUCUCCGUGGGCCGCUUUUUCCGCUGGAUGGUGGACACCCGCAUUUCCGUGCGCAUCCACGAGUACGCGGCCAUCUCUCUCACGGCGUGCAUGGAGAACCUGGUGGAGGAGAUCCGGGCCAGGGUGCUGGCCAGCCAGAGCCCCGAAGGCGGAGGAGCUGGAGGAGGGGAGGUGUCCGCGGAGGCCCUGGAGAUGGUCAUCAACAACGACGCGGAACUCUGGGGCGUCCUGCAACCCUACGAGCAUCUCAUCUGCGGCAAGAACGCCAAUGGCGUCCUCUCCCUCCCAGCAUACUUCAGUCCCUACAACGGCGGGUCGCUGGGCCAGGACGAGCGAGCCGACGCCUACGCCCAGCUGGAGCUCCGGACCCUGGAGCAGUCCCUCCUGGCCACCUGCGUGGGGAGCAUCUCCGAGCUGAGUGACCUGGUUUCCCGAGCCAUGCACCACAUGCAGGGGCGCCACCCGCUGUGCCCCGGCUCCAGUCCCGCCCGGCAGGCCCGCCAGCCACCCCAGCCCAUCACCUGGUCCCCCGACGCCCUCCACACGCUCUACUACUUCCUGCGCUGCCCACAGAUGGAGUCCAUGGAGAACCCCAACCUGGACCCCCCACGAAUGGCCCUGAACAAUGAGCGGCCCUUCAUGCUGCUGCCCCCGCUGAUGGAGUGGAUGCGCGUGGCCAUCACCUACGCGGAGCACCGCCGCAGCCUCACCGUGGACAGCGGCGACAUCCGGCAGGCGGCCCGGCUGCUGCUGCCCGGCCUGGACUGCGAGCCCCGGCAGCUCAAGCCCGAAUGCUGUUUCAGCUCCUUCCGGAGGCUGGACGCCCGAGCGGCCACUGAGAAGUUCAGCCAGGACCUGGGUUUCCGCAUGCUCAACUGCGGCCGGACGGACCUCAUCAGCCAGGCCAUCGAGGCCCUGGGCCCGGACGGGGUGAACACCAUGGACGACCAGGGUAUGACGCCACUGAUGUACGCCUGUGCCGCCGGGGACGAAGCGAUGGUCCAGAUGCUGAUUGAUGCCGGAGCGAACCUGGACAUCCAGGUCCCAAGCAGCUCUCCCAGGCACCCCUCUGUUCACCCCGACAGCCGGCACUGGACCUCGCUGACCUUCGCUGUGCUGCACGGCCACAUCUCUGUGGUCCAGCUGCUGCUGGAUGCCGGCGCCCACGUGGAGGGCUCAGCCGUGAACAGCGGCGAGGACAGCUACGCGGAGACCCCCCUGCAGCUCGCCUCUGCGGCAGGGAACUACGAGCUGGUCAGCCUGCUGCUCAGCCGGGGUGCUGACCCCCUCCUCAGCAUGCUCGAGGCCAACGGCAUGGCCUCCUCGCUCCACGAGGAUAUGAACUGCUUCAGCCACUCAGCCGCCCACGGCCACAGGAACGUCCUGCGGAAGCUCCUGACGCAGCCGCAGCAGGCCAAAGCGGACGUGCUGUCCCUGGAAGAGAUCCUGGCCGAGGGCGUGGAGGAGAGCGACGCGUCCAGCCAGGGCAGCGGCAGCGAGGGGCCUGUGCGGCUGAGCCGGACCCGCACGAAGGCCCUGCAGGAGGCCAUGUACUACAGCGCCGAACACGGCUACGUGGACAUCACCAUGGAGCUCAGGGCGCUGGGCGUCCCCUGGAAGCUGCACGUCUGGAUCGAGUCCCUGAGGACCUCCUUCUCCCAGUCGCGGUACUCGGUGGUGCAGAGCCUCCUGCGGGACUUCGGCUCCAUCAAGGAGGACGAGUACAAUGAGGAGCUGGUGACCGAGGGCUUGCAGCUCAUGUUCAACAUCCUCAAGGCCAGCAAGAACGACUCCGUCAUCCAGCAGCUGGCGGCCAUCUUCACCCACUGUUACGGCAGCAGCCCCAUCCCCAGCAUCCCCGAGAUCCGGAAGACCCUGCCGGCCAGACUAGAUCCUCACUUUCUGAACAACAAGGAGAUGUCGGACGUGACCUUCCUAGUGGAAGGAAAGCUGUUUUAUGCGCACAAAGUCCUGCUGGUGACCGCUUCUAACAGGUUCAAGACGCUGAUGACCAAUAAAUCCGAACAAGACGGUGACAACAGCAAGACCAUCGAGAUCGGUGACAUGAAGUACCACAUUUUUCAGCUGAUGAUGCAGUAUCUGUACCACGGCGGGACGGAGUCCAUGAACAUCCCCACCGCCGACAUCCUGGAGCUGCUGUCGGCGGCCAGCCUGUUCCAGCUGGAUGCCCUGCAGAGGCACUGCGAGAUCCUGUGCUCCCAGACCCUCAGCGUGGAGAGCGCCGUGAGCACCUACAAGUACGCCAAGAUCCACAACGCCCCAGAGCUGGCCCUGUUCUGUGAGGGCUUCUUCCUCAAGCACAUGAAGGCGCUGCUCGAGCAGGACUCCUUCCGGCAGCUCAUCUACGGCCGCAGCAGCAAAGUGCAGGGCCUGGACCCGCUGCAGGACCUGCAGAGCACCCUGGCCGAGCGCGUGCACUCCGUCUACAUCACCUCCCGGGUGUGAGGUGGUGCGGGACGGCUGCUGAGCGUGCCCAGCCCACUCUGGGCUAGGGCUCUGCCUCCGGUUAGCCCGGGGCUGAGAAAGGCUGGGAACAAGUGCUGCUGGGGAUGUCUACACAGCCGGGGCCUGUGGACAUACCAGGGCCCUGCUGGGUGGGGGCUGGUUCUAGGACCUCCUGGCGCCAGGCACACGGGGCUCAGUUUCUCCCUUUCCCCUGACACCCUCUGGUGUCAGCCUGUCCUUGGGCAUCCAGGUGUGCCCACCUGUCACCUGGCAGUCCCACCCUCCACCACUUUGUCCUGGAGCUGUUCACGCAACCAUUCUCGGGCCAAGGGCAGCUGUGGCCAGAAGGUGGCCCUGCCCUCCCCCCACAGCCUUUGCACCACUGUGCACUCACCCUAGUGCGUCCCUCUGCCCUCCCGGAGUCAGCAGCGGGUCCCAAUUCACCGCUGCUCCAACCAGCUCCUGGCCAUGUCCCCCAGCUGUGACCACCCCCACUGCCCUGGCCUCAGCAAACCCAGAGGGUCCCCCGGGGGGCUCAUGGGCCCCCUAUGAAUGUAAAGAACGUGCCCUCUCUCUGCCCCCGCCCCAGGCCAUUUCUCCCCAAAGCUGGUGUUUUUCCUCAAUGUCAUGUCAGGAAGGCCACCCAGAUCUCUGACCUUACUCCUCGAAGCCGUGCCUUUGGCAGGCUUGCUCUGGCCUCCGGGCAGGGGGACCCCUGUACAGAGGGGCACCUCGAGCUCCAUCUGCCUUGGUAUCUGGGCCUACAGAGGGCCUCGCUGGGGGACCGGCAGCCUGCUCAGUUCGGGGUAGAAGCAGUGCCCCAGCCGACGCCUGCAGAGCUUUCCGGCUGAGCCACAGGUGGCAGGGGUGCGUGGAGGAGCCUGGUGGCCUCGGCUUUGGUGCUGCUACGGGGUUGAGGGGCCGAUUCUGAUACCCCAGGCCUGCAGUCCGGCUGCCUCUCAAGCGUAGGGAGCAGAGCCCUCACUGUGCCCCCAGCAAACCUGUCACGACAGAGUCUUCUCAUGUGGACUGGAGAGCAGGGCGCACACUUGUCACUGGGAGCUGCGGGUCUCGGGGAGCCGAGGGGCAGGGCCGUGGUGGAAGGGAAGGGCCUCCUGCUUCCCUGCUCCUGCCGGCCAACCUCUGCCCGCUCCGGGCUUUCCUGGGGUGGAGACGCAGCAGUGGGCCUGGACACUUGUCAUAUUUAUGGACCAGACACUGGGCAAGCAUUCCGGACAGCUUCCUCUGGGUGUAGCCUUCUUGAGCUGUCUGGCCGCACCUUAGAAACUAUUUAUUCACCAAAAGCCCCAGGCACUUCAGGCAGUGUCCCUUCAGUCACCUUGAAAAGCCCCUGGGGGCUUGCAAUCCUGGAAAAUAUUUUCGACUAGCUGCUUGAGCUGGAUGUACAAAGGAAGAGGCGUUAUUUUAUUGCUGUAAUAUUGUAUGAUACUGUAACUAUGCAUUAAUGUUGUCACUUACUGUAAAUGUACUAUGAUUUUAUUAACAAUAAACACUUGUUAAC